CCUCACCAGACCAACGCCGCAGCCGUUGACCUUGCGGCUUUUUAUCCCCAUCCGGCCAUCCCCAACCCAACUCCCAAAUCCUUCGUUUCGUCGUCUCCACACGCAAUAGCAUCCGAGCAAAGAAGCCAAAGAGCAACUGGGAGCGAGGACGGGAGGCAACAAGCGGCGGCGGCAUGGACCGGAACCUGAGCGGGUUUCUGAUCGGGUGCCUGGGCGCCGCCGUGACGCUGCUGGCGUACCAGCAGACGGUGGUGACCAGCACGCAGAGCGUCGCGGCGGGCUUCGUCGUCAUCCUCUUCGCCCUCUUCGUCAAGGAAGGAUUCAUUUCCCUCUGAAUCUCUGGUGCGCGUCAGCCAGCCAUGCAUGAGGAGGCGUCAUCGCUCCGCUGCCUGUAUUUCUGCUCGCUAGUUCAGUCCCGCAGCUGCCGCUGUGCUCGUCAGGUUCUUGGAAAAAUACUGUAAUAGCGUAGUGACUUUUAUGUACGACACGGAUGGUUGUUGCUGGCUGAAGGGUCUACUCUGUCGAAAUCGAUGUAUCUUAGUUUAUGCUACUUGAAGAACAGCAGACUGCAGAUCAGCAGAGUUCUUGCC